CACCAUGCCACCCACGGAGUCUAGCACUAAAGCCGUAACGUGAAUCCGCGCGCCUGACGCGCGAGCAUGUAUGCAGCUACCUACGUAAUCCGUGGAGAGGAGCCGAGGGGGGAUAUAGGGUUGACGAAGUUCGCGAUAUAAUGAACGCUUCAUUGUGAAUUUCUAGUUCUCUUCCAACUCUCAUCUCUACGUUGAACAUUGAAGCUUAACUCUGUCACCAAUCACUCAACACGAGACCAAAAAAGCUCCAACAAUGCCGCCGUCUAGUGCAGUCCCUCGCCCACAAGACGCCCCAGUCGACUACGCCAGACCGAUCAAAGUCAUCUGUAUCGGCGCGGGCAUGUCUGGGAUACUCUGCGGCAUACGCUUUUCGCAGCGGAUCCAAAACCUCGAUCUAACGAUCUAUGACAAGAACGAGGAUUUUGGGGGCGUGUGGUAUGAGAAUAGAUACCCUGGUGUUACUUGCGAUGUUCCAUCCCAUGCUUAUCAAUACACCUUUGCCAACAACCCGAAUUGGUCGCACUUCUUCUCCCCAGGGAAAGAGAUUGGGAACUACUUCCGAGAUGUCGCGGAUCGCUACGACGUGAGGAAGCUGGUGCGCUUUGGCCAUGUGUUUCGCGCCGCGAGAUGGCUGGAGGAACAGACGCGGUGGGAGAUCACGGUGCUGCGAUUGUCGGAUAAUGUGGAAUUGAAAGAGUACUGCGACGUCUUCGUUAAAGCGACGGGAACGCUGAAUAAAUGGGUAUGGCCUAGUAUCAACGGACUCCACGACUUCAAAGGCAAUUUGCUGCACUCGGCUAAGUGGGACGAAUCGUUUGAUCCGACGGGUAAACGUGUAGCGGUCAUAGGCUGUGGAUCUACUGGACUGCAGCUCGUGCCUGCAAUUCUUGGAAAGGUGAAGUACAUGGAUCAUUAUGUCCGCGGGCCGUCGUGGAUCUCGCCGGCAGGGUAUGUUGCAGCUGACCCCAGAAAAGCGAACUCGGAUGUUCAUAAUUUCGAGCACCCGGUCGAAGAGCGAGAAGAGUUCGCCAAGGACCCAGAGACCUAUCUGCGUUACCGACACCAGGUGGAGAAGUACGUCAACAAGUCCCAGGGGCUCCACGUACUCGGAACGGAAAUGAACCGGAACUUUACCAAAGCGACCGAAGAGUCUAUGGCACGCAGAUUAGCUAGCAAGCCGGAGAUUUUGAAACACAUGAAACCAACAUACCCGGUCGCUUGCCGUCGCGUGUCCCCAGGCCCGCGGUACCUGGAAUGCCUCGUCGAGGACAACUUGAACUUCAUUCCAAACGGGAUCAAACGCGUGACGGAGAGCGGUAUUGAAGACGAUACCGGCACCUUCCGAGAGGUCGACGCGAUCGUAUGUGCGACUGGGUUCGAUACUUCACUGAGGCAUAACGAAAACCCGAUUUACGGUCAAAACGACGUAUCCCUCGACCAGCUAUGGGACUCGGAGCCAGGCGCGUACAUGUCAAUCUGUCCACCGCAGAUGCCGAACCUCUUCCUGUUCCUAGGCCCCAACGGAACAGCUGGCGCUGGCUCGACUAUCCAGAUGAGCGAGUGUGCAUGUGAGUACAUGAUUAAGUGUGUCCAGAAGCUACAGCGAGAGAACUUGAGAUGGAUGGUACCGAAAGACGUGGCUGUCAGAGCGUUUAUGAAGCAGGUCGACCGCUACUUCGCGAAAACUACUUUCGCAUUCAUGUGUGGCCAGUGGGCUAAAAGAACCCCGAAUGGGAGGGUUCUAGGAUACUGGCCUGGCGGGGCGGUGCAUCAGCGAGCGACGCUGGAAACGCCGAGGUUUGAGGACUUUGAGUAUGGGUCUUUUGAUGAAGAUGAGGAGGACUGCCUUGCUUGGAUGGGGAAUGGGAUGAUAGUUGCACAGGAGAAGGAUACGUCUACGACUGGUUAUCUUGAUACGGUUGAUGUUCCUCCUUUGCCUAGGAGGGAAGAAACGGGGGGGUUGAAUGUGACUUGAGAGGACGAUCUGGUUCUUGCGCAGUGAACUUCUUCGGACUUUUGGCAGAUGUCUAGAAGGGAUGUUGGAAGAACGCACAAUGUUGAUGUCGAGCGCUGGGGCUGAGUAAGCACAGCCCGAGCUCCCCAGGCGCACUUGAUCGUCUUUUUCGUCUUUUCCUUUCCUCUCAACUUCCAUUUUACGUUACCCUAUUCGUCGAAGAAUCUGAGAUUUCAUGCAUCAUAGCAGCAU